AUGGGGCCCCUUGAAGCGACUGUGCUGCAGCAGCAGCAGCAGCAGCAGCAGCGGCAGCAGCAGCGGCGGGAACAGCAGCAGCUGCGGCAGGAGCAGCAGCAGUGGCAGCGGCAGCAAAUUCGAAAGACAAUAAAGCGCGAUGCUGCACAGGUUUCUGCUGCUGAGCAUGCGAAGCAGUCAGAUGCUGAGUCGUCGGGUGUACCAGCAGCUCAACAGCAGCAGCAGCAGCAGCAACAGCAGCAGCAGCAGCAGCAGCAACAGCAACAGAAAGAGCAACAGCAGCUCCAACUUUGA